UUUUUUUUCUCCUCUUCGUCCCUCUCUCUCCGUCGGUUAAGCCUCAAAGGGAAGGAGCUUCGAAGGUCCCAUUGUUGGUUUUUAGGAAGAAAGCCGCAGCUGCCCUUCCACAGAGUUUGAAGAUAAUUUUGGACUACAGAUUCGCCUCUCGUUAAUGGUGGUUCGACCGUGUUCCAGUGAUGUUCUGCCCCUUUUUUUUUCGAAAAACAACAGAAAGAUAACUCUACAAUGCAUAUUGUGGGUGUUUGUUGGUGUUUCUAAGCGAAAGAAGGGUUUCUUCCAAGAGUUCCAUUGUGAGGUUUAGAGAGAAGCUAAAACUGCCCCAAAACAGAAGCCGAAAAAAAAAAAAGUUGGAAACCGGAGCUAGAAGGUGGUUUUGAACUGCAGAUUCGCGCCAUUCGCCUCCCGUCAACGUUGGUUCGGCUGGGUGUUCAGUAGAAGGGGUCUGGCCACCAGCAAAAUCUCAAGGGAGGAGCGAGAAUGGCGACUUCAAUUACUAAAGGAAGUGAAAAACAUUUUGUCAGGGGCGUCUGCUCCGUGUUUUUAAAGGGUAAGUGGAGCACUUUAUCUAAUACCCACAUCAGCUCUCGCUUAACGCCCUCGGUGGUGAACCUGGUUUUGCUUGAGCUUUCCAGAGAUGUUUGCGACUCCUCAGGGGCUUUCUUCAAGUGGGUUGAAUCGCUUCCUCACUAUAAGCACUCCAUACAACCUUGCUGGACCAUGAUUCAUAUCCUUACCAAGCGAAAACACUUCAAAGAAGCACAAUCCUUGUUAAAAAGGAUCAUUUUCAAGGAUUUUCUUUGGUCAUCAACCGUUUUAAACUCUUUAUUGGACAGUAGCAGCGAUCCAGAGUCAAAUGCCGAGAUUCUGAGCUGGCUUAUCAUCUUCUAUGCUCAAUCUAAGAUGACACAGGAUGCAAUUGAAACGUUUCGACAGAUGGGGAAUCAUGGCAUCAGGCCGCACCAUCAUGCUUGUACCUCACUCUUGAGUGCACUGGUGAAGGAAAGAGCUACGGCGGCUGCCUGGAAAAUGUACCGUGAGAUCCUGCAGGUUGGAAUAAAUCCAAAUAUCUACAUUUUCAAUGUAAUGCUCCAUGCUUGUUAUAAGUCAGGGGAUACAGAGGAAGCAGAGAAUUUGAUGAAAACAAUGGAACGAAAUCAAGUGCUUCCAGAUUUAGUAUCAUACAAUACCUUGAUAGCAUUGUACUGCAAGAAGGGAAUGCAUUAUGAAGCACUCUGUGUACAAGAUAGGAUGGCCAGGGAAGGUGUUAAUCCAGACAUUAUCACGUAUAAUGCUCUUAUACACGGGUUCUGCAGAGAAGGCAGAAUGCGCGAAGCUAUGAAACUUUUCAAUGAAAUCAGAGUUGCUGUACCCACUGAGGUCACUUACACGAUAUUGAUUGAUGGAUUUUGUCGAGCCAACAAUCUUGAAGAAGGAUUAAGAUUGCGCAAGGAAAUGGAAUCAAAAGGGAUUUUCCCAGGUGUUGUAACUUAUAAUUCAAUUAUUCGCAAGCUUUGCGCAGAAGGGCUGAUGAGAGCUGCACAUGAUCUUUUGAAUGAGAUGAAUGACAAAAAGAUUGAACCUGAUAGUGUUACUUGCAAUACAUUGAUCAAUGCAUAUUGUAAGAGAGGGGAUAUGGGAUCAGCAUUGAAAGUUAGAAAUAAGAUGCUGGAGGCAGGUCUUAGUCUUGACGUGUUUACUUAUAAAGCACUGAUUCAUGGGUUUUGCAAGAUCCAGGAGAUUGAUGAAGCUACAAAGGUCCUAUUCGAGAUGUUGGAUUCAGGGUUAUCUCCGAGUCACAGCACCUAUGCAUGGCUUGUAGAUUGCUACUGCAAUCAAAACAAUGCAGAGGCAGCUUUAAGGAUACCAGAUGAGAUUGCUAGGAGAGGCAUCAUACCAGUUACUUCUGUUUAUAGAGCAAUCAUCCGCAGAUUUUGCAAGAAAGGAAUGCUGGGUUAUGCGCAGAGAGCAUUUUAUCAGUUGAAAGGAAGAGGAUUACCCAGUGACAGUCUUCUGCAUGCUCAUCUAGCUUAUGCAUACUUGCAUGGCGGAAUGCCUUUGACUGCCUCAGAAUAUCUUAAUGACAUGGCGCGAACAGGCAUGAUGAUCACUGUUAAAAUAUAUAACAAUCUCCUUGCUUCAUAUGGAGAUAGCAAUCAGGAACUGGGCGUGUUCUGGAAUCAUGCAAUGGAGAAGGGUGUUCUUGGAAAGAAAUUAUGCAUAUUGUUGCAGAAAUCUCCUGUCUAAAAUAUUUAAAUUUUGAAGUUCACUAGGAUGCAGCUGGAAAACCUUUACAUGAACACUUCUUUUCCCAAAUGUUGGGGUUUCAAUUGGGUACUGCUUGUGGUAAAAGGAUGAUUGACUUAGGCAUAUGGAUGCAGUUCAAUGGUUUUGUCAUUGUGUUCGAGUGCCUAUGGGGAGACGUUCAUGAUUUAUGAUCCUACUACGUCUUGAAGUUGCACACCAGCUUCCCGGAGUAGUGUAAAUGGUACCUCAGCGUGCUAGUCACCAAGAUGAAGGUGCAGGACAUAAAGAAAAGCCUGCUGCUGCAUCCUCUUCCUAGAAUUCUUUCUGAUUGUAAUAUCUCAGCUUUUGCAGCAUCUAAUGUGCUUACAUUAUGGACUGCAAAAUGUUGAAGCUACUUUCAUGUUGAAGUCACAUAAUGUACCUACUAUAACCAUGAAUUAGACAAGUAGUGGCAACUGGCAACUAUGUUAUUUGUGCAAAACCACCAGUGGCGUGAUUUGAAGCUUCAGGUGACAUGCCCAGAUUCAGUGAGUCAAUGAUCCGAUCCCACUGCUAGGUAAGCAGUUGCAGGCUCAUGGACCUGAGGGACUUGGGCCUGAUUGGACGUUGCAAGGUUGACUGGAAUGUAAAUAAGCUCCACUCAAAAAAAAAAAAAAAAAAAUCCAACAACAAAGAUGAAUUGCUGGUGAUUGGAAUCCCGUUGAAGCAUAUCAAAGGCAAAUAUGAUGAGAAAUAAAAACAACUGUAUUUUUGGCUGGCGCUUUGCCUGUUUGAAGUUCACUGUUUCCAGUAUGUGGUUAUAUUCUCAGUUCGGGGUUUUGAUUUGGUUUCUAGUUUGGGGAUGAAUUCGAUUGGGAGUUUUGAUUGCAUUUUUGGGCACUUUGAUUUAAAAAGUUGUCCUUUUCUCAUAAGCCUUCAACCUCAGUUUUGAAAAGCUAAUAGAUCUCUGUAGCAGUAAAGGCUUCUAAUGUAAACCAACUUCUGAAUGCAGAUGUAUAGAUCAUAAACCUCCAUGAGUCCUCAAUAUCAGAAUGUUUAAGAAACGUAGAGCCUGACUUAGGUUCUCUUGUUUUAUGCUAUUGCAUUGUAAUAAUGAUUUGAAUUCCUGCAUGUCCAAAAGGUCCAGUCACAAAUGGUUGGAAAUCCUACAUGUUCAUGUACCAGUCACAAAUGGUUGGAAAUCCUACAUGUUCAUGUAUCUGCAUAAUAGAUUUUACAAAACCCUUGUUGCAUAUCCAGUCACCAAGAACAAAAGAGCAAUAGAAAGAGUGAACAAAAAUAUUAAGGAACAACUAGUUUUCAUGUUAUCCUUUUCUCUUAAUCUUGCUUUAUAUAAUUUGAUCAAGGCUUGAAUAUUAUAGGUGAAGUCCAAUUUGAAGACAGUCCGUUAAUAGGAGUUUCCACCUUAAUAUCUUGCAAUAGCAUCUAGUCACUCUAACCCUGAACAGGCUUUUGGAAAAGCAAAAUUCUUAAAUACACAGUGCAGCAUAGCUUCCAGCCAAACAAGCAGCCAGGUGACGUGGAACUUGUCUACACUGGAAUUCCACAGAUGGAAAAAAAAAAAGAAAAAGAAAAGAAAAGAAGGAGAGAUAACUCAAUAACCAUCUUAUGUGUGAAUGUGGCAGAGAGACCCCAAUCACUUUUAAAGUUACCAACCAAGAAAACAAGCUUGGUUGAAUUGGUUAGAUAUAAAAGAAAGAAAAGAAUGUUGAAUUUUGUCUUUGAGUGCAUGUAUGUAGAUGUGCACUUCCAUGCAUGCCAAAGUGCUCGUAUAUCACCCAUUUCAACUUUGAAGGAGCUUGUUGUGGUUAUAUAUUUGUUGAGGCAUUAGAUUCCAUGUCAGUGAGCUAUACUAGACAACUUUCCACCAGAUAGUUGUGCUUAUUAUAGAAAUUUAUCUUUCCUCAGUAGGAAUGCAAAUGGGCCAGAUCUGCUCUUCGAAUCAUUUUUAUCUAUUGGCCGGGUUCUAACUUGACCAAGUUUUAUCUGUCUUAUCUGACCCAUUUGAAACCCUAUUUUUCAGAAUUGAAACCCUAUUUUUCAGAACUGUGCGGGAUUCCUAGAAUUUGUAGUUUGUGUUACUGCAGAAUUACAAGCUUUUUUUCCUUCUUCUUCUAUUUGCAAAUAAUCCGUUUGCAGUUGCUUUGAUUGCUACAAAGCUUUCGUUCUCUUUUGUUUACUUCAUUCUCAUUAAUAUGGAGUACAAGUCAGUGUCCAUAUGACGGUCUGUAUUCCUUUCCUUUAUAUGUUUAAUAAGUUUUGGUAGCUUAAUUCUCAAGAACAAAGCUAACUCUCUCUCUAUCUCUCUCUUUUUCUUUUGUAGUACUUCAAUUGGCAAAAAAUAGCGAAGUCUUCGAAAUUUUUUUUUUCCAAGUUUCAACAAGUGGCAGAGCAUAAUGAUUCAUCUUGUCAGCAACAACAAUCCUUUGAUGUCCUUGUUUUGUCAAAUGUUUAUCAUGAAAGUUUUGUUUUUACACGCUUUUGUAAAAUGUACUUUUUUAGAACAGAAGAUAACUGGGACAGGUCACAUCUUAGCUUUUUGUUGCCUAUUUUAUGCAACAAAACUCGAAACAUCACCAAACCAAAUUUGAUUGGAAAGCUAGGAAAUGUAUUUUUCUAGCCUGCUCAAAUGUUUAGAAAGAAUGCAAAUGACAUGAUCUCCAUUCAAACAAAACUUUUGUUGGUUGAGUUGUCUUUGAAAAUAUUUGUCCUUCCAAAAUAUUUAUGAGAAUGAUGAUAAGGUUGUUCUUCUCCUGCACAUAGACUCUGGCUAGUUAGUACCUGUCAUUUGUCCUUAUGAGUCUUUUCAUGAGUUUGAUUGAAGUCUCUUUGACGACGGUCACGACACAGAAUCACUAUUGAGUAUUGAACCAUCAUUAUCUCAUAAUGAUCUUUCUUCAUAAGAAGCCCAGAAUGGAUGUUCAUCACCCAUCUCAAGUUCACAAACCUGUUACAUGGUUGAAAGAUUUUUAUGCUUACUUCUGACCUCAUCCUUGUCUACCUUGGAUUCCUUAUGUUGGGUGUCAAAAGUACUGUUUUCCUUCUGUCAAAAUUUGCGUUACUUCAUAAGUUUUGGCUUGAAGAUCAAAAUUUUCUUGUGUCUGUGGAUACUUUUCAGAACCCACUUCUUUUGACCAUGUUGUGCAUGAUUCAAACUAGACAAAUGCAAUAAAUUCAUGGAACUAAGAAAUAACAAUACUUGGACUGUUAUAAACUUACUUCCCUGAGUAAAACUUAUUGCUUAUUGGUUGCAAGUGGGCUUACCUUAUCAAACACUAGGUGGAUGGAUCCAUAUACACGCUAGAGAAAGAAAUAUUCUCUGCAAGAAGAUAUUGGUUAUAUCAAGACCUUUGCUUUAGCAGUGAAAAUAUUAUUGUGUACAUAAUUUUAGUUCAACUUGAUAGAACUCUGGCUUUAUACACAAAUGAAUGUACACAAUGCCAUGACCGUGCAGCCAAGAUAUAAGGACAUACAGCAGUUGGUAUGUGAAUUCAGCAGAUCCUUCUGGACUGAAAACACCAUUUGAUUUGGUUUUGUAGAAUUGGUUGAACCCUUGAAUGAUUUGGUUUUGUACAGUCCAAGGGCGACUACUUGUUCACUUCAGUGCAAUAUCUGACUUUUGGUGUAGUCCCCUUGUAUAUAUGUCAAUGGCGUUGGGCUUACCGAAAAGACAAAGAGACCAUUGAAGAACUGACUUGCUUUCCACAUGUUCCAUUUGAAAGACGUUGGGGCAGCAUUAAAGGGAUACGGUCUUUGGCAUGCCUUUAUAGUUCUUAAUAGCAAUAUAUUUUAGAAAUUAUUCAUGAAUAUGGAUUUGGGUAAUCCAAGGCCCACUAAGUUCCGUACGAAUCAACCUUAUGAAACGAGUAUAUUUAGAAAAGAGGAGGGGGAUACCUCGAAGGGGCUGAAGCCCUCCCUCUUUUUCCCUCAUCCCAGGGGUUAAGGGCUGAAGCCCUCCCUCUUUUUCCCUCAUCCCAGGGGUUAAGGGCUGUUUUCAUACUUGGGCGGGAAAUGGUACACUCAUCAAUUAGAGUAUUGUACAUCUAUUGUUUGCAAUCCAUAGGAUUAACACACUCUAGAAUUGAACUGAUGAUUUUCAUCUAUCUGUGUAUGUCUCUUGAGGCUAGCAUGUUCAAAACCGGAGCUUCAAGAAGAUUGCAGGAGUAUGGGUGGCUGGUUGGAUACCUUGUUCAUGAAGCAUUCCUGACUGACAUACAUCACUUUUGUGCAUGGAAAGUUUGCAUGUAAGAGCGUACAUUUAUAAAACUGGUUAUUCUCCUUCGUAUUGUUGUAAUUCUCCUCAAAGGAUACCAUCAUAUUCUCUCUAUUUUAGUCUUGUACGAAUGCUUGCUUAAGAAAUUGAGCUAGUGUUUGGCUUUGACAUCUUUAACAAAAUUAACAGGGCCUGCCUGGACUGAGUCCUGGCCUGGAUGGACAG